AUGCCCGCAUAUCAACCACAUUAUGCUAAUUUAAAUCAUGUCAGAUCAAUUCAAUCAAUGCAACGUACUGCAUCAAGACCUUCUUCAAAUCGGAUUUUGAUUGCUAAAAUACUUCUAGGUACUAUGGCAGCAUUUAUGUUAUGUAGUGCAGUUGCAGCUAUUGUACUUGUUUGUUAUGUUGCUGUAAGAGAUGCACAAACGACGACGACUUCUACAACAACUACAACAUCAGCGACAACGACGACAGCUACUACAGCCACGACUACAACUGCGACUACUACUACUUCUGUCACAACAACAACUACUCAGACUACAAUCACUUUCAGUGCGGUUGGUAUUUAUGCAUUGAAUAUUCCAACAUGUGCUACAUGGAAUGAGAAUGGAACUACUGCUAGUGGCAAUCAAAAUGGAUCUAUAGGCUAUGAUUUGGGUUCGCUCAAUUAUCCAGUUAGUAUUUUUAUUGACAAUGAUGAUAUUCUAUAUGUUUGUGAUCGGGAUAACUCUCGAAUUCUGAAAUUAUAUCCUAAUUCAAGCACUGCAGUCAUUGUCGCGGGUAAUGGAACGGUCGGCAAUGAAUCGAAUCAACUGAGAGGACCCAAAGGUGUUGCUGUCGAUCAAUAUGGUGCUAUCAUUGUAGCUGACAGUGACAACUAUCGCAUUCAGAAAUUUCCGCAGAAUUCUACAAUAGGAAUUACAUUAGCUUCUAACACUUCAUAUAAUCCUCUUGGUCAAAUGCGUGAUUUACACAUUGAUGUCAAUAAUAAUAUCUAUGUAACAGAUUCUGAUAAUAAUCAAGUCGUUAAAUAUAUUCCUUAUUCAUCCAUUGGUAUAGUUUUAGCAGGUGGAGGGCCAUCGGGUUCAGGACUCAAUCAACUGUUUAGUCCAUUUGGCAAUUUUAUGGAUGCAAAUAAUUCAUUAUAUGUAGCCGACAGUGGAAAUCAUCGUGUUCUAAAAUAUCUUCCUGGGUCAUUAAAUGGAACUAUUGUUGCUGGCAAUGGUACUGCUGGUUCUAGCUUAUAUCAGUUGAAUUUUCCCAGAUCGAUCAUUGUUGAUAAUAACGGGUACAUCUAUGUGGCUGACGGUUCAAAUAACAGAGUCGUAAAAUGGACAACAAAUUAUGCAGCUGGUGGUGUCUGUAUUAUGGGUUGUACAGGUACAACAGGAACAGCUGCUAAUCAAAUGCGUGGUCCAAGAGAUUUAAAAUUUGAUAGACAUGGAAAUAUAUUUGUUACUGAUCAAUCAAAUCAACGAAUUCAGAAAUAUACGAUACAAUUACCAACAUCCCCUUGUCCUUCUAGUAAGUAA